UUAGUCUAUCCUGGACAGACCAUGGACGAAUGAAGAUAGUCGUUUCCUUUUUACUGGCCAAGGGUCCGAAGUUCUGUACAUGCCCGUUACUGUUAUACCAUCAAAGCCAGUGCCCGCUGAGUUAUCGGGGACUUUUAGAUUCAUAGGUGAGAUGGGAUCCAAACUUUCCAGUCCGGCGCUGGUCGUAUUGAUCUGGUCAAUCAUCAUAGACAUCGGAGUAAAUCUCACCGAUGCUGUAUUUCAUGGCAUUCACCAUGGCAAAAAAAAACAUGAAGACGACUUUGAAGCAAUGCUGGACAGGUCGCGGUUAGCUGGUGUUCGAUCUAUGAUAAUCACAGGCGGAAGUCUUGGAGAAUCAAAAACUGCACUGUCUCUUGCUGCUCAAUAUGGCUUUUUUGCGACAGUGGGAUGCCAUCCAACCCGCUCAAAAGAAUUUGACGAGUACCCGGGCGGUCCAGAAGCCUACCUCCAGGCGCUGGACAGCCUAAUAAGUGCCAAUCUCCACGGUAAAGGCAGAGUUGUUGCUAUUGGCGAGUGUGGCUUGGAUUACGAUCGCAUGCACUUCGCACCGGAAGACGUACAGCGACGACACUUCCGCUCACAGCUAUUUCUUGCCAAAAAGUACAAGCUACCGCUGUUCCUUCACUCCCGUGCAGCCCACAAAGACUUUGUGAAUAUCCUUCGUGACGAAGGUUUCGGAGAGGAUGGAAAGAGAAAGGGAGUUGUUCACAGUUUCACAGGGUCGGUUGAAGAGGUCGUCGAGCUCAUGGACAUGGGUUUCCACAUAAGCAUCAAUGGGUGCUCCCUCAAAACAGAGCAAAACCUGCUUACUGCAAAGGCGAUUCGACCGGACAAGCUUUUACUCGAGACAGAUGCUCCUUGGUGCUCCAUGACCUCAACACACGCGUCAAAUACCUUACUAGAGACGCUUCCGGCGUCAUUAAAGUCGAAGUAUUUCCCUUCCGGCACUAAAUUGCCAUCGUUCAUGAUGGGCAGGCCAGUGAAAGGGAGAAACGAGCCCAGUGCGAUCGGAGGCGUUGCAUGGGUCAUACACAAGCUCAAUGAAGAGGUCCCGUUCGAGAAAGUGACAGAAAAGGUGUAUAAGAACACUAUUCAGCUAUUUGGCCUAGAGGAACUUCAGGUUGCAUAAGUGGAUGGAAAUUAGAGUUUUUCACAAAUUACAAUUUUUGGUUCCGCACACGGUCUAAUCGCGACCAUCAGAGGACUCGUGAACCGAAGAUAUUGUCAUAUAUAGGAAAGAUUUUCUUUAUAUUGGAAUAUAAAGUCAUAUAAAGCCAUGU